AACUGCUGUAUAGGAAUCAGAUAAAAGUUUGAGAAUUUUGUCAAGUUUUAAGAAUUUGUAAUUAAUAUGAAGGAAUAUAGAGGACUGUCGACUAGUCCGUCAACGGACGAUGGCUAUUCUACAGAUAACUCGGAUGUGUCGUUGUGUGAUUUAGACUCGGUUUUAAACGAGCCUACAUUUGGUAUAUUGUUUGACGUUGAUGGUGUUUUAGCAAGAGGUAGUACUCCCCUGGACCCCGCUAAGAAAGCUUUUGAAAGAUUGAAGGACAGUCAAGGAAACCUACGAGUUCCUGUAGCCUAUGUGACCAAUGCUACAAACAGAAGUCAUGAUAAGGCAGCCCAGAUCUGCAGGUGGUUCGAAACACCAGUAUCCCCAGAAAAUGUGAUCCAUGCCCCGACCCCAGCUAAAUUAUUACGAGAAUAUCACGAUCGACAUGUUCUGGUUAUUGGACAAGAACAUCGUAUAGAAAUCGCUGAAGAUCUUGGAUUUACCAAUCUAUGUACGAUGGAAGAUGUAGCCGCCGCCUAUCCUCUAUUAGAUAUGGUGGAUCACGAUAACAGAGUCGUUAUUGCCAGCGGUAACUACACAGAGAAUCCCAAUUUUCCCCGAGUUGAAGCUGUGUUGAUGAUUGGAGAACCUAAACGCUGGGAAACAAACCUACAGUUGUUAGUAGAUUUAUUAUUAACAGAGGGUAAACCAACCCGAGCACCAGAAGAUGUCCACACAGUACCACAACUUCCUAUAAUAGCCUGUAAUAUGGAUCUACAGUUUAUGGCAGAGGCCUGUAUGCCCAGAUAUGGUCACGGUGCUUUCCUCUUGUGUUUAGAAGCUUUAUAUAGGAAAAUAACUGGUAAAGAUAUCCACUAUACAGCUCUUAUUGGUAAACCUUGUGAAAUUACCUAUAGAUUCGCCGAGCAUACAAUCAGUAGAAUAGCUAAACAGAUGGGCAUCAAAAAUAAAAUCAAGAAAUUAUACUUUAUUGGAGAUAAUCCUAAUGUAGAUAUUGUUGGAGCCAAUCUGUACGAUCGUUACAUUCAAUCUUUAAACAACCGACAAAACGGGAAUUCCCCAGUUAACGAUACCACAAUGGUUCUUCCCUCAUCUCGCUUGAUUCCUGAUAAUGCAGACCUGCAUGAACAAACGGUAGAGCGGUGCCACAGUCUGUUAGUUGGAACUGGUGUCUAUAAACCAUCGCUAUCAAUCGAAGAGGAGGUCGACCAGACCGAUUCCAACCAAAAUAAACAGUCGAUAUACCACGGCCACCGAGACAUCGCCCACGAACCACACCUCGCCAAACCUUCUAAAUAUGUCACAGACGUGUAUCACGGCAUUCAACACAUCAUAGAGAGUGAGGGCGGGAAAUUCUAGUGACCGUCAGGAAGUUUUGGAAGAGAGAUACUGACGUCAAGGUUUUUCCACCAAUAGUAAAUCAUUUAGUGAUUUUGUGCGGACCAGCUUUGUCUCUACAGCACGUGCUCUAUGGAACCGUCGUGGAAGAGAUGCACGUGCAGACCGGUGCUUGUUUGAUAUCGAAUUUAUUCCAUUUACUGUGAUUUUUAUAUAAACUUAUAAACAUUGUGUUUCUAUGGAGACUAUUUUUUAAGAUUAAAUGUUGAUUUUUGAUUCAUGUUGCCGUUGGUUUUGUCUAAGUUUGUUAUUUUUGUCGUCUGAAAUUGUGUAAAUAUUUACAAUUUUGAUUUUAUGUUUGGAUUCUUGUGAUUAUCUAAGUCAAUAUAGAUAUAAAUAGGGCAAAUUGAUAGUACUGUAUAAUUAUCAUUGUUAAUUUGAUCAAAAACGUCAGAAAAAUCCAGAAUUUAAGAAAUACAGUAGUCUGAAAUUACAUGUACUGAAGGCUACUAACUCAGAAUGGAGUUAUCUUCCUUGAUUUACAAGAAUAUAAUCGUAUAAUCGAAAUUUCUUAGCUUUUAAAUUGUUUUAGAUACACUCUGAAGUUGAUCUAAUAUAGAAACACUGGCUGAGGUCACUAGUUAGGGUGGUACAGUAGCACCAGUUGUUUUUUUGGGUGUUGUAUUUUGUUUUUUUUUGUAAAUAUAUUAACACAUUACAAUGAACCUUGUGAUUUUGUUAUGUUUUGGUCGAAAUUUUGAUUGAUCUACCUCAUUUUGAAGACAAAUUUUAAUGGCUGUUCUACAAAAAGGCGAAAAAUAGCAAAAAUUGAUUGCAAAAUGUAUUUUUUAGUUGUAUGCACGUUUGACUGCAAGAAUGUUAAUUGAAAAUAGUUAGUGCGAUUGUGUCUAAAAGUCAUGAGACAGAGGGAGAGAGUUUUAAAACUUUGUAUAUUUUGUAAUUGGAGAAAAUAUUUGUAUAAUUUGAGUUUAAUAUUUGCGAUUUUUUUUUGGUGUAAAUCUUGGUCGAAAAGUGAAGUUGUAAAGCCUAUUUUUUGAAAAUAUAUUCGUGAGAAUUUUCGUGCAUAUUUGUUAUUCGUGGUCAAUGUAUGAGAGAUUUUGAUACAAUUUUGUAAUGUGUGGUAGUUUGUAAGUGUGAUGUAUGAAAGUAAAUUUGUAAAUUGAAGAUUUUGUAUAUUCAGUAAUUUAUGUAGUUCACAAGAAUUUUGAAUAAUUGACAUGUAAAAUAAAAAUUUAAAAACAUUU